UGGUGCCAAAUGAAUUUAACGCCAGUUAACGUUACAUGCUAAAUGUGGCUACAGCGUCAUUCUGCUAAAAAGAAAUGAGCAGCCGUGACAUUUGUCUGCUGCUUGGAGCGACUGGCGUCGGAAAAACUUUGUUGUUGAAACGUUUACAAAAGCUCUGUUUGCAUGGAUCAUCUGAGCUCGGGGAACCUCCCUCUACUUUGCCCACAGUAGGAACCAACCUCUCAGACCUUAUACUGAAGAAGAAAAAGGUGACACUCAGAGAGCUGGGAGGCUGCAUGGGCCCCAUAUGGCCCAGUUACUUCAAGGAUUGCUACUCAGUCGUUUUUAUUGUCGACUCAGCCAACACUGCUCAGAUAUCUUCAUCUUGCAUCCAGCUGCUGUCGGUGCUCUCUGCUGAACCUCUGCACGGUGUUUCUGUGCUGAUUCUGUUCAACAAGAGGGACAUGCCGUGCAUUAUGAGUCUCGUGGAGAUAAAAUCACUUUUCAGAAUGGACGACAUCAUUGCAGCCGCUACUCAGCCAAUCACAAUACUGGAAGUCAGUGCCCGCACUGGACAGGGACUGCAGGAGGUGCUGAGCUGGCUGGAGUCCAUCAUAGUCAAGUGAACGAUCACAGGCUUAUAAUUCUACUCACAAAUUACUUUGGAUGAUCACUCCAAGCCUUUUGGUAAGAUGUCAGUAUCCUCAAUGUGAAAAGACUUUGGUAUUAUUAUUAAAUUAUGUUUUUGGUGUUUGAUCCAAACAGUUUGAAAAUCUGUUGCCAUAACUUUGGGACCAUAUACAUUUGGUCAGUGGAAUGGGUAAAUGGUGAAAGAGAUGCAUUGGUUAUACAAUGGCAGGUGUAGUGAUUGUAUGGUUACAAUAUGUUCGGUCCGACUUCACGUAAAGUACUAACCUUAUUCAUGUUGGUCAUGUUUACCAAUUCAAUUCUGCACCAACAAAUAGAAAACUGCUUGACUGACUACACAGGGAGCCUCAUGCUGAUUAGUGAUUACUGUGUGUUGGUAAGUGUUGCAGCAUACAGGUAAUGUGUCACUACCAGCAGAGGGCAUACAGUGCACAACAUAUAUUGCAAAUGUUACUGACUGGCUUGUGAAUGAAAUGUGUUGAUGCCACAGGAAUUGAUGAAGUACAAAGCAAUAAAACAAACAGAAAAAUUAGGCAGUGUUCCAAUUUUACCCUUAUAUUUGAUGAAUCCGUUCACAAGCAAUCAAUAAAAUGCAUUCAUUUGCUAA